ACAGCCACUGGCCUAGACCCAGUACCACGCUGGCUUGCAACUGCGGAAGACCCAAGCAUGUGCCACUUACUGUCAGUGGUCUUAGGGCAGUCAUAGUGAAUGUGAGUUUGGUUGUGUUGUGUAGUGAAGUGUUGUGCUCCUGGCCUGGCGGGAAUGCUGUGCGUUUGAUGGUGGAAAACUGAAGAGAUGGGGACUUCCGUCGCGACACAUUCCUGAGCAUUAUCACUCUCUGACACGGAGAGAAAGUGCUGAUGUCUGUAUCUCAGUAUUUGAAUGAGCAGAGAAGAUGAAAGUCCCUAAAGAAUCCGAGUAGCUUUGCAUUCCUCUCUACAGUCUGUACAGUCUGCAUGUCAGCCUGUUCAUGGGCACAAGCCAAUGAGGAAGAAAAACUUCAGGAAGUGUAGUGAAGUGUGACAGACACAAAGGUGAAGUGGCACGCUGGACCUUAACACGGAGAAAAUAAGCGAUUUUAUUUAUAGUGUUUGAACACAUAUAAAAAACGACGAAAAAUUUGUACGAUUGUUUUUAAAUGCAAUAGAAAGUUUGGCGAGUGUUAAAGAUAUUUCUUACUGUGCAAGAGAUCUCUUUCUUGUGGCAAUUCGUACGCUACAUUUUAAAUUGAAAUGAACUUUUGUUAGAAUUCUGUGUUUCGAACCAAGCACAAAAAAACAUGACUGUUACGAUGGAUCACAAAAACAAAAGGAAGACAUCAUGGGAUUCGAAGGUGUCUGUGAGCACGGUGAGCGCCAAACACCUCGCUCGCUCAGAAACUCCGAGUUCGAUCCUCUCUUCUGACAGUGAUAUUCGCUUUACCCGGAAGCUGGGGGCCCACUAUCGGUGCGGCUGCUGCAUCCUAGCCGGAUUUCUGCUCUUUCUCCUGCUGGCCGCCGCCGCUGUCUACCUCGGAUAUACAUUCCUGAGUUCGGAUCCGCCAGGCGAGCGAGUUUUCCGGGCAAUGUUUCGGGUGGUGCGGGGUGACUCCUUUUCUCCGGAACUUGCUGAUCCCGCCACUGAAGGGUUCCGGAUACGAGCGAGGGAUUACCGAGAGAGGCUGAAUCUAGUGUUUCGGCGCAGUGACUUGAGGUCGGCCUUUUUAGGCACAGAGGUCCUCGCACUGGACGGAGUUGAAGGACACAGUCUGAUAGUUCACUUUAAUCUGCACUUUGAUCCUCGCCAGUUAGAUGUUGGAGCUCCUGACCUGAUGACAGUGCUCUCAAGAGAAAUAUCACUCGAGGAGUCUCGGUACCUUUCCAACAUUACCAUCGAUCCAAAUAGUUUGGAAAUUAAAGAAAGUAGUGCAGCUCUGACAACACCACUACCACUUACAACAUCAGUAGUGACAACUCCAUCUAGUACAGCAACACCCACUCCUCCAAGACUCUGUGGACCAAUAGAGUUGGAGUACUGCAACAAGCUUCCUUACAAUGUCACCUCAUACCCAAACAAACUGGGUCACAGGUCAAUAAAGGAGGUGCGGGAUGAUGUCAUUACCUUCAGAGAGCUUGUGGAUGCAGAAUGCUAUCGACUGGCAUAUGAAUUUGUAUGCCAGCUACUGCAGCCUUCCUGUAUUGCACAGCUGCCUGGGGAAGCCGAGGACAGGAUGGUUCUGCCUUGUCGUAGCUUUUGUAGAGAAUUUCAUGCUGGCUGUGGCAGUAGAGUCCCUGCUAGAUUGAAAGAUAAUCUAGACUGCAGACAUUUCCCAGAAUUCAAUGGACCAGGGUCCUGCAAUUCAAAACCAGGUUGCGUGAAGGAACUUCAAGCGCGUGGUUUGUCAGCACGAGUGUGUGAUGGUGUGGUAGACUGCAGAGACCUCUCAGAUGAAACCAGCUGUAACUACUGUCCAGAUAACCAUGUCCACUGUGGGGCAGGCAAGGUUUGCAUCUCAGUGGAAAAACGUUGUGAUGGAACGAACGAUUGUCCUGAUGGCAGUGAUGAGAAAGGAUGCUUGACAAUUGCUCCUAGCCUGUCAUCUGUUGUCAACAUGUCUCCUGCAACCCCACACCAUUCACAGUACUACACCGAAGGAUAUGUUGUCUUCAAUGAGAAGGGUCAAUUUGGGAAAGUCUGCACAGAAAACUUGAAUGCCACAGUACCUGAACCCAACAGAGAAGCAACACUCAGCACCAUUGCCACGUCAUUGUGCAGUAUCUUGUCAUAUGAAAAUGUGAACUUUGUUCGAAUUCAGGAGGAUAAGGAAGAUGAAGUUCAGUAUGUUCAUAUGGAAGACCCCAGUGCUGCUGAAAUUACAUUUGUUCGUGCACCAUGUCCCAAAAAGGAAGUUCUUUACAUUGGAUGUUCUAAUCUUGAAUGUGGUGCACAAAGUCUACGAGGAAAUGCAGGCAUUCAAGGUUUAGGUAAAAUGGCUGCCCAUGGAGACUGGCCUUGGCAUGCUGCACUGUUCAAGGAUGGUGUCCAUGUCUGUGAUGCAACUCUUGUGUCUGCUGAGUGGCUGCUGACUACUGCAUCAUGUUUCCAAGGACAACCAAAAGCUCAGUGGGUGGCACGCUUGGGUACUAUCCGCCUGGCAGGAUCUUCGCCAUGGCAUCAAGAGCGCUCUGUUAUUGGAAUGGUCAAAUCGCCUGUUGAAGGAAGCACUGUAGUCAUGGUGAAGUUGGAACAACCUGUUACCAUGUCUGACUUUGUUCAUCCAGUUUGCUUACCUGUAGAAGGGUCAGAUCUUUCACACUGCAAUACCUUGGGAUGGGCACGGAACAGAGAACAACUUCAGCGUGUGCAAAUUAAAUUGAGUUCAAUGCAAAGGUGUGAAAACAUCAGCAUCCCCACAGUGAAUAGCAUCUGCACUGAACCAGCAUAUCUCACAGAUGACUGCAAUGAAGAGGAACUUGCUGGGAGUCCAAUGCUAUGCUUGCUUUCUGACAAUAAAACAUGGACUCUUGUUGGAAUUAGCAACUGGAGAAUAGCUUGCUCUAGGCCUGGAACUGAACGUCCAAGGCUGUAUGAUAAGAUAACUUCGAACAUUGAUUGGAUCCGCAAAACUAUGAGUGCCAUGUCAUGAGGAUGACUGAAAAUGAUUAUGGACGUAAUGAAUAGGUUAAGUAAUCAGAUAAGUCAGUGAGAAAAGUGAAAAUGGCAAAGAACGAUUGGAAAUUUUCUUUACUUACCACAAAUAUAUGUAAAAAAUUUGUUCUAACUCAGUGUAUGGCAAUGUUAAUUAAUCAGUUAUUUCACAGAUAUUUAAGCCUCACCUGGCCCUGUUCAGAUACAACAUAAUACAGCUUUCAUUCUUUUAUUUCCAGCAAAGAAAUAGUUCCAAUACAUCAUUUCAUGUAAAGACAGAGGCCUCAGAAACAAGAGUCAGUACUUGAAAGGAUCACUGCUGUGACAUAUUAUGCAAUCUGUUACAGUAUUAAAACUCUCCAACAGAUGUUACCAGAAGAGUGGAAGGAACCAUGAACAUUUUUAAGGACCAAAUGCAGGGAGCAUUUUCGAGUAUGAUCCAAAGUUGGGCAGAAGCAGGCCUGCAGACCUAAUGUGUCUUGACAACAUUUUCCAACCAGCUUGCAACAACAUAUUAAAACUGCAACAGAAUAUAUGCACAUUGUGCUUUCUUCACUUCUGAAUGUGAGUGAGAAUAGCUAAUUUUAACAUACCACUCAGAUUAGGUUCUCCUGUGCCUAAAUAUGGAAACAGAGCCAGUAUCUGGAAGUGUGCAUUUUGAGAAUAAACCUGGUCAGUGAAUAAUGUACAGAUAUUUUCUGUGUAAAUAUAAUGAUAUAUAUUAUAUACAUAUAUAUAGUGUAAUGUCUUUGCUUGUAAUGUUAAAUACUGAGAAGAAGAACACUAUUUGACUCUGUUUUAUUGAGUUUAAAGAUUUUUUAUCUCAUAUCUGUUUGUUACUUUUAGUUUCCUUUAUGUAGAGAGAGGAAGCUUGAAUGGAACAUUUACAAUUUUACAUCAAUAAAGAUAUGUGGCCCAUA